AUGGCCCAUAUCAAGCGAAUAGCUCUGCUCCUAUGGCUAAGUUUGCCUGCAUUCUCGAUCCCACUUGCCAGUGACGCGUCGGCGGACGACAUCGUCCCAGACAAGUAUAUCGUACGUAUCGCACCAAACACGGUCGACGCCGAUUUUGAACAUCACUUGCAGUGGGUCGGAGCAGUGCAUGCGCGCAGCUUGAUGCGACGCAACACAGCUGGUGUGGAGAAGACAUUUGCAAUUGGUAGCUUUCGCGCAUACGCUGGGGAGUUCGAUCAAGUAACGCUUGAGCAGAUCAAGCAAGAUAAGAACGUUAUUACGGUCGAAGAAGACCGCGUAGCUGAAGUCACGGCUGUGGCUACCCAGGUUGCCGCACCAUGGGGUCUUGCAACUCUAUCGUCUCCUGCACCACUAGUCAACGGCAAUAACGCCGGGUAUCCGUACCAUUUUGAUAGUGCAGCUGGAGAAGGGAGCUUUGCGUAUGUGAUGGACACCGGUGUUACUGUGGCACACCCCGAGUUCGAGGGUCGAGCUUUCAAGGGUUAUAACGCCUGGGCUGCUACUGGCGAAACGUUUGAUGAUGAGUUUGGCCAUGGGUCUCACGUAGCAGGUACAAUUGGUGCUGCGACCUUCGGGUUGGCCAAGAAAUCAACCAUCUUCGACGUCAAGGUUGCUAGAGGAAUUGGCUAUACUACCACUGCUCAUAUGCUAGAUGGCUACAGCUGGGCUGUGAACAACAUCACAAAUACGCCAGGACGCAUUGCGAAGGCGGUGAUCAACAUUAGUAUAGCUGUCCCCAAGAACGAAGCUAUCAACGCUGCAGUUGAUGCUGCGUUUAAUCUCGGGGUCACUACCAUUGUUGCUGCCGCGAACGACGGGAAAGACGCAGGAGCCAAGUCACCGGCCUCAGCUGCGAAGGCGAUUACCGUCGGUGCAGUCGCAUGGAAUUGGACACGUACUGACUGGAGCAAUUUCGGCCCUGACGUUAACAUAUUUGCACCUGGUCUCGACAUCUUGUCUUUGUGGAAGAUAUCGGGGUCUACGGCAACGAUUUCUGGUACAUCGAUGGCCUCGCCUCAUGUUGCCGGUCUCGUCGCAUAUUUGCGGAGCGUGUACGAACUGCCCGACGCAGCUACCGUACUGGAAAAGUUGACUGAACUCGGGCUCAAGGAAGUGGUCGGAGAUGCGCGAGAGGGAAGUGCCAACUUGCUGGCACAUAAUGGGGUCGUUGCAGCUUGA